AUGAUGGCCACUUACCAAAACACGGACGAUGACGCAAUGGCAUUGAUGAUCCACGAUACCAACACGCCGAAGGAGAAAGAGCGACCCAAAGAGGAGCCGGUCCAGGAAAAGGUCGCAGAAAAGCCGGAUCCGACUCAGAAGCCUCCCUACUCCUAUGUGGCCCUCAUCGCUAUGGCCAUCCGAGAGAGCUCCGAGAAGCGUCUCACUCUGUCUGGCAUUUACCAGUACAUCAUCAGUAAGUUUCCAUUCUAUGAGAAAAACAAAAAAGGCUGGCAGAACAGUAUCCGGCACAACCUGAGCCUCAACGAGUGUUUCAUCAAAGUUCCGCGGGAGGGCGGCGGGGAAAGGAAAGGCAACUUCUGGACUCUCGACCCGGCCUGUGAGGACAUGUUUGAGAAGGGCAACUACCGGAGGCGCCGCCGAAUGAAGCGACCGUUCAGGCCGCCGCCCACGCAUUUCCAACCCGGGAAAUCCUUAUUCGGAGGGGACGGCUACGGCUACCUUUCCCCACCCAAGUACCUGCAGUCCAGCUUCAUGAAUAACUCGUGGUCGCUGGGCCAGCCGCCUACUCCGAUGUCCUACACUUCCUGUCAGAUGGCCGGUGGCAACGUGAGCCCGGUCAAGGCUUUGUCCGCCCCCGCCUCUUACAACCCGUACUCUCGAGUGCAGGGCAUGGCGCUCCCGGCUAUGGUGAACUCUUACAACGGCAUGAGCCACCAUCACCACCCGGCCCACUCCCACCACUCCCAGCAGUUGAGCCCGGCCACGGCCGCCCCGCCCCCGGUCUCGUCCGGCAAUGGAGCCGGGCUUCAGUUCGCUUGCUCCCGCCAGCCCGCGGAGCUGUCCAUGAUGCACUGUUCGUACUGGGAACACGAGAGCAAACACUCGGCCUUGCACACGAGGAUUGAUAUUUAA